UUUGCGGCUACCUCAGGCAACACGGAUAAAUAUUUUGUGCAACCACUCUUGCACCGUGUAUUUCCUAUCACCAUGAAAGCUCUCCUGGAACUCUUCUUCUUCACUCUGCUUCUUACUAUAGGUAAGGAAUGUUUCAAUGUCCCAUAGGAAAGGGAAUUGUUCCAUUAGGAUCAAUGGGGGCCAAGCUAGAUGUCAUUUGAUGCCACCUCAUUGGUGUGACUAUCCAGAAUAGCUUUACAAGACGGGUAUGCAACUGGAUAUGACUGGUUGGCUGGAUCCUUACCUCCACCACAUGGGCCAAGUCAGACAGGGCUCCCCACUUGCCUAUCACCUGAUAUCACAAUGGCAUCAAGUGACCUGCUUUUACCUGUAUGUACCAUCUGGUGAUAGUUGUGGUUUGCAAAAGUUCUCUGAGGGCAGGGAUCAGCUGGAAUCCCUUGAAGGUGUUUAGAUAAUGUCUACAGAAGCUUAGAAUCUUCCAAAUGGCUUCGGUCAAAUUUCCAGCGGGCGCCACUGGGAUUCAGUGCAUUGCAUUGUUCGUCAAUCUUCUCCAUGGCUAGCUAAACCAGAAUAAAUUGUGCAAAAUGAUUACAGCAGGGGUGGCCAACUCCCAAGAGACUGUGAUCUACUCACAGAGUUAGAAACUGACAGUGAUCUACCCCCUUUUUGGGGGUUCAGGUCGAAGUUGUUGUUGAGCUUUUCUUAGGGAGGAAAGCCCCUUUUGGGGGGGGCACAGCGCAAAAAUGUUGAGCUUUUCUUAGGGGAGCCAAAGUUGUUGAGCAUCUUUGGGGGGAGCCGGUGAUCUACCAGUGAUCUACCACAGGUGGCCAGUGAUCUACUGGUAGAUCACGAUCUGCCUGUUGGACAUACCUGGAUUACAGAAUGCAGAAUGGAAAUUGUACACAUUUGCUCAGUUUGCAUAGCUGCUAUUGAUCACAGAAUUAGAGUGUCUGUCUGUCUGUCUGUCUGUGCGUAGCAGAUUUUUCUACAGAGUCUUCCUUCUAGGAACAGGCUGCUGAUUUCUAGAAACAGCCACAGAUGGUUUAGAGGGACAUCACUUUAGCUACCAGUGGGUGGGUUUUGCCCUUUUAUUGAAUUUGGAAUUCUAUCUAUCCCAUAUACUUUAGCUUGCUUUUUUUGCAUCCCGCAUCCAGGUGCCUCGCUGGACUGUGAAACUUGCAUGGUCUUCAACACUGACAAUAUUGAGUGCCAGAAGAAGACUUGUGAUGCUGGGCAAGAUACUUGUGUUGUUGGUGUGAGCAAAACCUCAGUAGGUGGGUGAGAGAGAUCACAAGCCAAGCUCUGACAGUGAAUUGGCCACAGGUCCUAUGCAAGCUACAUGGGCUUAAGAGCUGAAGAUGCCUUAUUGUGAGCUCAAGGUGCCUUAUCCCCCUGCUCCAAGGUACACCUGUGGGAACUGUUAGGUUGGUGAGUGUCAGAGACAGGGCCUUUCUUUGUGGGGGACCCACAUCUCUAGAAUAUCCUCCCCAAGGAAAUACAUGUGAUCAUCUUUUUUUCAGUCUUUCGGAAGGCCUUGAGGGCUUUCUUGUUUCAGUCCACAUUCUGGUAAUUGGCUGGAACACUGUCUUAAUGAUGGUUUUCUCCACUGCCACUAAUUUUAAAGCUUUUCUUUUGUUGUUGUUACUGUUGUUAUUUUUAUUUGGUCCAUUUAGAGAUCACUUAGUGCCCGCAGAUCUUGAAGAAAUAAAGAAUUCCUUUCAAAGAAAUAAGCGAAAGUACAUAUAAAUACAAUGAACACAGUUUCAGGUGAUUUGCAUUUUAAAAGUCCAAAUACAUGGAUAUGCAAUAUACAUAUUUAUAUUUAUAAAAAGAAGAGCAGAAGAAAAUUACUAGGCAGCAUCAGAGAUUCUCCAAGUGUUCCAGUUUUCCAGGGAUAGUCCUGGAUUUACAGAAGUCCCAGUUUCUGAUUUGAUCCCAGAAUGUCCCACUUUUCCUUAGAUUAGGACACCCCUCUUUUCAUCGGAGAAAUGUUGGAGGGUAUGGUAGGACAUCCUUAUUUUCAUCAGACAAAUAUUAGGGGUAUGGAGCUAUGAGGGCCCCAAGUUAAAGGGAUAAGUAACUAUAUAACCUUUAGAAGACAUCUGAAGGCAGUCCUGAAUAGGGAAGUAUUUUUAAUGUUUAAUGUUUCAAUAUGUUGUUAUAUACGUUGGAAGCUGCCCAGAGUGGCUGGGACAAUCCAGUAAGAUGGGUGGGGUAGUAGUAGUAGUAAUAAUAAUAAUAAUAAUAAUAAUAAUAAUAAUAAUAAUAAAUUUUUUAAAUGUGACUUUGGUAAGAGAGGGGGAUGGCUUGCAGAGAGCCCAACAUGAACUAGAGGACCAUGAGAAGAACCAGAGAAUCCCAGGCUAGAGACUCGAUCAGGACUCUUAAAAACUAGAUGGCCAGUGUUGGCAUAGCCUUCUUGACUUACAAGCUGCUAGGAAGAGCUGGGCAGGUGAAUAUCUCUAAUAAAGUGCUUGUGUUUCUUCCUCGUCCUCAGAUGGACAAAGCAUUCUGAGCUCAGUGAAAACCUGUCAGUCUUCCGACAUCUGCAAUCUUUUGGCACCAGUUCAUAUGCAUUUUGGCAAGGAUAGGGUCAUCCAGGCAAAUGGCGGCUGUUGCACAGGAGAUGCCUGUAUCACAGCUUCUCCUCAGUGUAAGUACAGGACUGCUGUUUUUCUCCUGACUUCUUCUAACUCAGUGCUAGCAGGGCUACAUCAUGGUGUUUGUGACAUAAAAUAGAAGGAUGCAGUCUGGGGUGGGAGCUAUAAUAGCAAUGACUAAACAUCUAAACCUCAAAUAACAAAUAGUAGGAAGGCUGGUCAACCACUGCCAACCUUAGGAGCCUGAAAUAUCUGCAUGACAGGUGGGUCAGUGGGUGAAAUUGGGCAUGCUGUAAACAUCUGACAUGGGAAACUGCCUUACAUCAAACCAUUGGUCCAUCAAGCUUGGCACUGUCUAUACUGACUGGUUGUGGCUCUCAAUGGUUUCAGACAAGGAGUAUCUCCCAGCCCUAUCUGGAGAUGCCAGAGAUUCAACCUGGGACCUUUUGCAUGCAAAGCAGAUGCUCCAGGGAUGCUUGGUCUAACAAUCACCCCUGCUUGAAUGAGUAGAACCAAAGUGGGCAUGGCCCAUCUCGAAUGCCAUCUAGCUCAGUAUUAUUAGACUGACUGUCAGUGGCUCUCAAGCAGGGGUGCCAACAGGGGGGGUCAAGGGGUGUGCGGAGGAAGGUAAGCAUCCUGACUAUCAGGGACUGUGCUGAGGAUGAAUGGUGGGAGCCACCCCUCCCCCUGAUCCUGAAUCUUCCCAGGAGCAGGAGUGCAGUGUAGAUUUGGAACAGUGGUUUGCAGAGGGGCACAGUUCAGAAGGCAGAAGCUGGGAAAUACUGGAUGGGGAACAGCUAGAAGAAGAAGCCCUCCCCAAGGUCGAAAAGAGCUCAGAAAGUCUCAGAACAGAAAGCGCAGAGGGUACAAGCUCAGAUUACAAGACGUAGGAGUGACGUAGAUUAAUAGGGACGGAGGGGGGAGUGAACCUUAAUUGGUAGCACCGUUAUUUCUAGAGAGACUUGUUCUUUUCUGUGAUUAUUAAAACAUCUAUCUGGUAAGACGUUUCUAUCAUUGGAUCUUCUUAUUUACUGCCACGGGGGAGGAAGCCGAUUCCCCGAAGCCUGACACUGUCCCACCAGCCAGGUCCAAUUCCCCAUCCCCUGGAGACUUGAAGCUGAGAAUACCUUGUCCUCUGGCCAAGAAUUUUAUGGCAGCAUCAAAAGCUGAACCCAGGACUUCCUGAAUCCAAGUGCAGUCUCUUGCCAUCCAUGCUACACUUAAACUGUUGGUCUCCCUUUGCUUUCCAGUGCCACCAGUCAACACCACAACCAAUGGAAAACAAUGCCCUGCCUGCUUUUCUUUGGCAAGCUGCAACCCGGAAAUGGUAGAUUGUACUGGCUCUGAGGACUACUGCUUUGAGGUGGUCACACAACUCAUGGCAGGUAAUUGAUUUAAUAUGAAACAUUGCUUAUGAGUUCUCUCCUCUUUGGGACUGUGAACCCACCUGGUGGCCAUCCUGGGACCAUUACCCCAGUCACCAGAUUGGGAAGGGCAGCAGAUUUGCACCCUCUCUCCCAGCGACCACUGCCUAGCACCCUAGGGUUGCUGCAAAGUUGCCAUGAGCACCCUUUCCAGGGUGGAAUCUACACACAUAUAAAAAACCACUCUGAAAAUGCUUUUUUUUUUAAAAAAAUCAUUUUAAAAAAUGCAUUGAAUUUGCCAUAAGGCUCACCAUCGCCAUCUGGUGUCACAUUGUAUACAGUGGUAACUUGUGUUACGGACGGGAUCCAUUCUGGAAGCCCAUUCGUAACAUGAAAAGUCUGCAACUUGAAGUACGACGUCUGCGCAGGCGCACGGUGCGAUUUGGCACUUCUGCGCAUGCAUGAGUGGCGAAACCCAGAAGUAACCCAUUCCGGUGCUUCUGGGUUGCCACAGGAUGCAACCUGAAAAAUGCAACAUGAAGUGGACGCAACACGAGGUAUGACUGUAUUGCACUUAAAACGUUUUACUUGCAGCUGUAUAGCUGAGUCCCAGGUUGGCUGAUGGUACUGAGUCAUCCAUGCCUCAUUCUGAGGAGGGGUCCUUCCUGAGAACGAGGCACUGUGGACGAGAUGACCCUCGAGAGAACCCCUGCUGUUGCCCCUUUCACACAGCAAAUAUGGUUUAAAGUUUAACAGCAGUAAGCUCUUGAACAUUAACGAUCAGCCAUUUGCUGCUUAUAAAGUUUAAACAGCAUUGGCUACCACAGUGGCGAAGCAGCAGCAGGAUAGGCAGUCUUGGGGGCCACCUUACCUCACUCUGCAAGGACCCUACAUUCUUGAAAGACCUACAUUAGCUCCCAGUAUGUUUCCGAGUACAAUUCAAAGUGUUGGUGCUGAAGUUUAAAGCCCUAAAUGGCCUCGGUCCAGUAUACCUGAAGGAGCGUCUCCACUCCCAUCAUUCUGCCCGGACACUGAGGUCCAGCUCCGAGGGCCUUCUGGCGGUUCUCUCAUUGUGAGAAGUGAGGUUACAGAGAACCAGACAGAGGGCCUUCUCAUUAGUGACACCUGCCCUGUGGAACACCCUCACACCAGAUGUCAAAGAGAAGAACAACUACCAGACUUUCAUCUGAAGGCAUCUGAAGGCAGCCCUGUUUAGGGAAGCUUUUAAUGUUUAACAGCUUUUGUACUGUAUAAAUAAAAUAUUGUAUUUUAAUAUUCUGUUGGAAGCAGCCCAGAGUGGCUGGGGAAACCCAGCCAGAUGGGCAGGGUAUAAAUAAUAAAUUAUUAUUAUUAUUAUUAUUAUUAUUGCUUCGAUGAGGAAGGCAUUGCCAAGUGUGAAGCCCAGGAGAUUCCCAGCAUGCUCCUCAUUCUGCUGCUUAUGCAGAGGCAAUGGCAACAGAUGGGGGACCUGUUCUAGCCAGGAACCUGUCCUGAGUAUUGAGUCUUAGCCUUUUACACAGAUGAUUGCAAUUUUUUGCAGACCCCUGCCAGCUGGGGAAAUUGGCUUUUAACCUUCACUCAAGUGAGAUUUGUAUAUAUUUUUUUUGGCUGGACUCCUGCAUAAAGGAUGCUGCAUAACAAAAGGGGCCGCCGAAGAAGGCAAAUGAGCCAAAACACAUUUGGCACUGGUAUUCCAGCUAUCCAGAAAAUCAGAACAUUAAGAACACCCCAUCCUGGCAUUUUAGCCAUUUAAAGAAAAGCAUUGAAGAACCAUGAGUGCAACUGUACAGAGGGUUUAUCUGUAUCCAAAUAAUUGCAUGGCUCUUUACAUGUUAUUUGACAUACAUUCUGUUUUAUCCCAUUUAGUAACUGAAAUACAGGAUUUUUGCAUCUGAUAUUCAGUUUUCUGGGUUGCUGUGUCUUCCUAACUUCUUUUAUACCAAAGUUCAAGUCCUUUUUUUAAUGUAGAAAAAUAUGUUAGCUUAUUUAUGGGCAGCACAGCGAUAAAAUUUUGUGCAUAUGCAGACUGAUUAUUAAAUUUAUUUAAGUUUCCCCUUAACGUUUUCAUUUUACAUGUAUGCUUUUUUAGUCAGGUGUUUCCCUCCUUCUUUUUGUUUGUUUUAGGCAUUUGUUGUUCAAGGAAAUAGCUGAGCACUUUGGCAUCAUUUCAAUGUAUUUUGAUUUUCUUCGCCUCUGUGAGCACGGCAAUGGAAAAGGGGGCUAUAAACUGGGAUGAAUGAGCUUGUUUGAGCAGAAAUGACUGAAGAGCUAUUUCUACCCUGAUCUUUGUUUUUCCUCUUUAGGACAGUCUAUGAGCACCACUCUGAAGGGCUGUACUACUGAGUCUUUCUGUACUGCAAUACAAAGUGGCAAGGUGAACUUGGCCAAUAUUGGUGUUUCUCUUGCAAAAGCUGAAUGUCAGCCAGCCAGCAGGGCUGUUCCCUCAGCAUGAUCCCUACGAGGCAACAGGGUAAAGAUUCUCCUGUAAGGAACCCAAUGUGGCAACACAGCACCAAGGGAAACUUCCCUUCCUAUUUCUAUGCAACCUUCUCGGAGCUCAUCAGCUGGGUCUCUUGUCACCUGCAAUUUCUUGCAUUAAACAAGAUGGAG